AAGUUAAUGAGAACUUUAUUUUUUUUUUUUGGACUAAAUGAGAACUUUAUUUAUCUUCGAAUUAUAAAUGCCACGAUGAAUGGGUUCCUUCCCGAAGUCUUUGUACGGUCAACUCAGUUCUGUCACUUUAUUAAGUAUCUCUCUCCACUCUCCACUCUCCAACACAGAGAAAGAACAAAAGGAAUAUGAGUGGAUGGGGGGAAUGGUCACUGGGGGAUGAACUCUACUCUGCGGGGUCACCAGUACCCCGUUUUGCUGCUGGAGCAUUGGCUUAUCCAUGUUAUCCAACUCAGCUUAUUGAUGGAGAUGGCAAAUUCCAUGUUGCUGAUGCUGAAAACUUUGUUAAGGAGAUGGAAUUAGAUAAAUGUGGUCAAUCGUAUGCUGUAGUUUCUAUCAUGGGUCCCCAAAGUAGCGGGAAGAGCACACUCUUAAAUUCUUUGUUUGACACCGAUUUCAAAGAAAUGAAUGCUGAUGAUGGAAGGUCUCGAACAACCAAAGGAAUCUGGAUUGCUAGGUGUGCAGGCAUUGAGCCUUGCACACUUGUGUUGGAUUUGGAGGGAACUGAUGGAGUGGAGCAUGGAGAAGAGGAUGAUACUUCAUUCGAAAGUCAGAGUGCUCUUUUUGCUCUAGCAGUCUCAGAUAUAGUUCUUAUAAACAUGUGGUGCCAUGACAUUGGCCGCCACAAUGCAGCGAAUAGGCCACUUUUGAAAACUAUCUUUCAGGUCAAGAUGAAAUUGUUUACUCCACGCAAAAUAACAUUGCUUUUUGUCAUUCGCGAUAAAACAAGGACACCAUUUGAACGCUUAAAAGAGCUUUUGCUAACAGAUAUUGAGAAGAUAUGGGAAAGUUUUACUAAAUCUAAACCAGACUCUGACAACGAGGCUGCACUAAGCGAAUUUUUCAGUGUUGAGGUCGUUGCUCUUUCUAGUUAUGAACAUAAAGAAGAGCAAUUUAAGUCGGAGGUUGUGGGAUUGAGGCAACAAAUCUGCCAUUCAAUAGUUCAGGAUGAGCUUGCUCGGGACUUGUAUGGAGUAGUUCAUGCAUCAGACUUUGCUUACAGUUCUCAGGAAAUCUGGGAAAAGAUUAAGGCAGACAAGGACCUCCACCUUCCUUCUCAUAAGGUUAUGGUUGCUACUGUUCGAUGUGAAAAAAUUGCCAGGGAGAAAUAUGAGAAUUUAGCUGCAAAGGAGGAAUGGCAUCAAUUGGAAGAGGAUAUGAAUCGCAGAACCACUCCUGAAUUUGUGAAUAGGCUCAGUUUACAAAUUGAUACUUGUUUGUCAGAGUAUGAUGCUGAAACCACUUACUAUGAUGAAGGUCCAAAAUCUACAUACCGAAAUCAACUUAAAGAAAAAUUGUUGCAGCUUUUUGAACCAGCACUGGUAUCUGCAUUGGAGCAUAUAGGAUCUACAAUUUUGAACGAGUUCAAGCACACAUUUCAAACAUCAUUGAAUCAAGGGGAGGAUUUUUAUGCAGCUGCUAGUAGUUGCAUUGAGUCUUGUUUGUCUAACUUCGACAAAGCCUGUCCAGAUGUUGUCAUUGAAAUGUCAAAUAAGCACAAAAUUGGAGUAAGGAAGAAAUUGCAGUGUGAUAUUGUCUCAGUACUUACUUCAUCGUGUAAGGAAAAACUAAAAGAAGCUUUGUCUGGAUCCAUUGAAAAAGAACUCUCUAAUGGAGAUAUUAUAGAUCCUUGGCGAUCAAUAAGGGAAGUUCUCAGGAAUGAGAUGGAAUCAACUGUUUCCCAAUUAAUUACACCACUAACUCGACUUGGUAUGGAUGGAUGCACAAGGAAGAAAAUGAUUGAGAGUUUAGAGGAUUAUGCAAGGGGUGUUGUAGAAGAAAAAGUUAGGAAUGAAGCUAAGAAUGUUCUGAUGCGAAUGAAGAUGUGUUUUGAAAGAAGGUUUGAGAUGCAUAGGCAGAUGAACCGUCUUUGCAUAGGCAAAGAUGACAUUCCAACCGCCGCGAAGUCUGCUCGCCGUUGUUCUUUGAUAUUGCUAUCUACUCUGGCUGCAAUUCGUUUGGAUGAUGAUGAUACUGAUGACAUUAAGGAAAAAUUAGAAGCUGAAUUAUUGAAUUCAUCAAGCACUGCUACCAAAGAAAGCAGCAGUGCAAAGUUUGAUCCACUGUGGCUAGCUGAUGACAGUUGGGAACAGAUUCCAUCCUGUCGAAAAUUGAUUGGACCUCGUUCAUGCAAAAAGGUGUGGGAUCAAUUCAUGCAAGAAACGGAGAUCAUGAUCUCGAAAGCAGUUGAACAGGGUGGCUCCACAUGGUCAUUAUUUUUUAAACCUUUUCACGGUGACUCAAAAUGGUCCACAUUUUAUAGUGUUGCCUCGGUAUGUUUGUCCUUUGCCGGAGGUGCUGCGAUGAAUAAAUUGGGUAGUGAGGCAUUACUCUCGCUGUUGGCGGCAGUGCUUGCGAAAAGGGCCAAGUGAAAUCCCUAAGCCUUUUAAGCUAGAGAAAGUUGGA